AUGCUGGAGGGAUUUCUACAAAUAGCAUUUGCUGAGGAGUUUGAUUUCGAAGUAGCGAGGGCAUAUGUGGCUAACAAAAUUCAGAACUAUACGUUUUAUGUCACUGCUGUGUAUAUUAUAGCAAUAUUCUCAAUACGAGCUGCUAUGACCAAUUAUAAAUCAUUCGAGCUGAAAGUUCCAAUGGCUUUAUGGAAUGGUUAUUUGGCAGUGUUUAGUGUUUGUGGAUUUUAUGUGACUUCAGAAAGGAUGAUCUCUGAAAUUCGACAGAAAGGCAUUAUUGGUUCUUAUGCUCAGCCUAACAAAUUCUUCUAUGGUCGCUCUGGCUAUUGGGCUUUCAUGCUUAUGGUUUCAAAAACCAUCGAACUUGGAGACACGUUCUUUCUUGUUUUUCGUAAGAAGCCUUUGAUUUUUUUACACUGGUAUCAUCACGUGCUAACCUUCAACUAUGCAAUAUGGGCAUAUACAGAAGGCCAGCCUUUCAACAUGUACAUUGCCUGGUUAAACUAUGGUGUUCAUGCUGUUAUGUACGGGUAA